GCACCAUCCGUGGUGGAUGUCAAACAGCGUGAGUACUGGUGGUACGCCCAGGGGAUAGACUUUGGGCGUCCGUGGGUGUAUAAAGGCGCGCCGAUUCCCAGUGGAACUCCAAAGGCCCACCGCACGAGCAGCGAUCGCAGUCGCACGUCCCUCUCCCACCGUCCACAACCCACUCAACUGUUGAAGACAUGAGCCUCUGUGACGACUGCGUUAAAGGCGUCCGUCAUGAGGGUGAGCCCGAAGGAAAGAUCGAGAAGAUCGGUGGGGUUGAAUCCUACGUCGCCACCCCCACUGGAGAGUACCCGAAGGACAAGGUCGUCCUUCUCCUCACCGAUGUCUUCGGUAUCCCGCUCAACAACAACAAGCUACUCGCCGAUGACUUCGCCCGCAACGGCUUCCGCACGGUCAUGCCGGACCUCUUCCAGGGCGACGCGCUGCCCGAGAACGCGCUGAACGACCCGACCUUCGACCGCGCCGCGUGGAUGGGCAAGCACGGACCCGAGUCGUGGACCCCCGACAUCGACGCGGUCGUCGCGGCGCUCCAGGCUGAGGGCGUCACCUGGAUCGGCACGACCGGGUACUGCUUCGGCGCCCCGCCCGCGUGGCGUCUUGCGCUCAGCGGCGCGAGCAAGGUCACGGUCGUUACGCACCCGUCGCGCCUCGCUAUCCCCGAGGACCUCGAGGCGUACCGCGAUGGGUCGAAGGCCCCGCUGCUGAUCAACAGCUGCGAGGUUGACCCGAUGUUUGGGCUCGAGGCGCAGGCGAAGGCAGAUGAGAUCCUCGGCGGCGGCAAGUUUGCGCCUGGGUACGAGCGGACGUACUGGGAGGGCUGCACUCACGGCUUCGCCGUGCGCGGGGAUAUGAGCAACCCGAAGAUCAAGGCGGGUAAAGAGGGCGCGUUCACUGCCACCGUGAAGUUCUACAAGAAGUACCUGGAUCUGUAGCGUGGGGGCUAGUGUGUGCAUAUAUGAAGGCCUGUUGAUGACGUGCAGCUAUAGUUGUAUGAUACGGUUAUCGAUGGCUCGAAUGAUCCAUGUUCGUUGUGUUCUAGAGCUCCACGCGUCUUUUCACUUAAAGACCUAUGAGCUGAGACGUACCGGAUACAAAUAUACUUCGGCGGACCUCAUUGGUUCUGCUUGC